GGGGGAUGGGUUGCAAAGCUAUUUCGGGUCGUGUCGCAGCAACAGUAGGAUGAUCUCGAUCGAGAUGCUCGUGAACGCGAGCAAGACGAGCGUCGCCAAAGACGAGUCCGCCGACCACUACCUCAAGCGCCUCACGCACCUUACGCUCACCAACAAGAAGCUGCACAGCAUCGCCAACCUCGAACUGUGCCGGCAUCUCAAGGUGCUGUAUCUCUACGGCAACCGGAUCAAAACGAUCGAGAACCUCGGGUUCGCGUCGCAGCUGACGCAAUUGCAUCUCCAAGACAAUCGCAUCACGCGCAUUGAGGGGCUUGACGCGCUCGUCAACCUUGAAAAACUGUACCUAUGACGUGGCAGCGCCCACGAACGAGCACCACAUUGCACUUGCGUAGGUGUCUCGAAGGCAACCAGAUCGCGCGGCUCGAGGGCCUGGAGCACUGCAGCAAGCUCACGGAGCUCCACUUGGCCAACCAGAGCGUAUCGGCAGUUGGCUUUGCGUUGGACGAUGCGUCAUCGCUCGCGACGCUGAGCCGCUGCCUGCGCGUGCUCAACCUGGCCAAUUGCAAAGUGCAACGCGCGUCACCGCUGGUGGUCCUUGGUCGUCUCGAACAGCUCAACCUGUCGCGCAAUGCGAUCAGCGACAUGGAGGACGUCUUUGCCCUCGUCGGGGGCCUCCGGUGCCUCCGCGACUUGAAUUUGACUAACAACUAUGUCAACGCGACGCCCAAGUACCGCGAAAACACCAUCAUCUUUUCCGGUGUCAACUUGCAGGUGCUGGAUGCCAAGGACAUUGACGCCAAGCAGCGGGCGAUGAUGCAGUCGCAUCUGGCCUUCAAGCACAAGAAACGCAUCGAGAGAGGAAAGGGCGUGGUCGAACCCGAGGCGAACGUCUCGCUCAAGCCGACCGUGUCGAUACCGAUGAGCAAACGACUUGGCGGGUCGGACUUUGACGUGCUUGGGAGCGCCAUCUCGCGCCCCCGUAGCAACAACUGCGACGAGCACGACGACGGAUUGUGAGCUUGCCGUGUAAAACGUCAAUUUCGACAAUGUAUGCAUCAUCUACAUCGUACUA